AUGACCCUGCCGCGUACGCCGAAGAGUAACAAGAAGAAGAAGAAGAACUCCACGCCGAAGAAAGAAGUGUCUGAGGAAGAAUCCGGAAACGGUGACGCGAAGAAGGAGGAAGUGACGCCAAUCUACAAGCAGUUGCUGGUGCAGCGGAUGAAGGAAGACGCCCGCAAGAUGGAGGAGCAGCUGAAAGCACUUGUGCGUCAGCGAGAUGCUGCGGAAAGGAGGUUGAAGCGGGUGCAGGCAGAUAUCAAGACAAGUGCAGCGGCACCGAACGAGAAUCUGCGGAACGUGCACUUCCUGAGGCAUCAGCUGAGCAACGUGGAGAGCGCUUUUUCCAAGUUUGGUGAGUACCAGGACAAAAUUUAUGCGAUGGCACUCGCGGUGGAAGAGCAGGCAAAGCAUGAGAAGUGUGAGUUGGAGAUCGAGGCGCUGCGCCGCGGACUGACUCUGAAGCUCAAAGAUUUGGUUGAGGAGCUAGAGAAGCCUGGACUGAGCGCUGCGCUCGUUCCAGCUGCCACCCCGCAAUACCUUCCACCGCUGAACGUGCCUCUACCGAAGUUCGACGGGACGUACGAGACGUGGCUCUCGUUCAAGUCGAUGUUUCAGCACGUCAUGGCACGGUAUACGGCUGAGGCUCCGGCGAUCAAGCUUUACCACCUGCGAGACUCGCUGGUCGGAAAGGCUGCCGGUGUGAUUGACCAGGACAUAGUCAAUAACAACGACUAUGAGGCGGCGUGGGCCGUUCUCGAAGACCUGUACGGAGACAAGCGUGCGAUUAUCGAUCGGCACAUCGAUGUUGUCUUCGCUUUGCCCAAGAUCUCCCGCGACAACGCAGCCGAGCUCCGCAAGCUCAUCGACACAUGUGUGAAACACGUUGAGGGAUUGAAGUCGCUGCAGCUUCCGGUCAACGGACUGGGGGAGCAGAUGCUCUUGAACCUGCUGGCGUCCAGGAUGGACCUGGACACGCGAAAAGCCUGGGAGGCGGAACAGAAGGUCGGAGUGCUUCCGACGUACCCAGCAACCAUCGCGUUCCUGAAGGAGAGAUGCCGAGUCCUCGAAAGGUUGGAACCGCACGGUGAGAAAAGCGUCAAGCCACAACGAUCGGUCGCGUUGGUGGUCGCGAGAGGAGCGAAGUGCUACGUUUGCAACCAGCAGCACGAGACCAAGAAUUGCGAGCAGAUUCAGCAGAGAAGCGUCAAUGAAAGGUACAGCCAGCUGCGAAGGUAUGGGUUGUGCUUUAAUUGCAUGAAGAAGGGGCACCGCGCUGGUGAGUGCACCUCAACAAACUCGUGCCAGAGAUGCAGCAAGCGACAUCACACUAUGCUGCACAAGGACGGAGCGUGGAUGUCGGAGACAUCUCCGGCGACGACGGCGCUCGAUGCGCCGAACCCGAACGACGAACUGCGCUGGCAGUCUGGAAGGAGUGAAACAAGCAGCGUUGCAGCCAAGAAAUCGACUCUGCUGUCGACGGCCGUAGUACAGGUCUACGGUGGAGACGGUGUACCGCACCUGUGCCGAACUCUGAUCGAUUCCUGCUCGGAGAACCACUUUAUGACGGAGAGAUUUGCCAACUUGUUGGCGGUCAAGAAAGAGCGAGCAAACUGCGAGGUCAGUGGCUUGAACGGAGGAUGUACGAGGAUCAGUCACUCGGUGCGAGCAACGAUGAAGUCCAGGGUCACAUCGUUCUCGCGGAAGCUGGAGCUGCUGAUCACACCCAAAAUAGUCGAAGAUGCGCCUCUGAGAACGAUCGACGUUGCGAACUGGAACCUACCGUCCAACAUCAAACUUGCAGAUUCAACCUUCAACAAGACCGGACCGGUAGACAUGCUGCUGGGAGCGGGUGUGUUUUGGGACCUGUUGAAGGCUGGUAGAAUUGCUCUGGCAGAUGGCCUUCCUUCACUCAGAGAGACUGAGUUGGGUUGGGUUGUCGGCGGUGCGCUGCCGAUUGGAACACCAGCAACGACGCGCUCGUUCUGCGGUGUAGUAAAGAAGGUGUAG